UCAGGAGAGUUUCAUAAUUUUCGCUUACCCGUUCCCGACCUCCGGCUCGACAUAUUUCAGAAGAUGGUCGCCGCGGGGCUAAACGGCGUUAGUAUAUGCAUCCAUUGGGGGUUGGCAAAUCCCGCACCCGGCGUGUUCGACUUCAACGACUGGCGAGACCUGCAGCCAAUAUUCAAGGCAGCUGAGCAGGCGAGCAUAUUCAUCGUUAUGAGACCAGGUCCCUACAUCAACGCCGAGACAACUGCAGGGGGCCUUGCCCUCUGGACGACCAGCCUCACCACGAGUGAGCUCCGAACGAACGCCACAGACAUUGAAGAGUCUUGGAUGCCGUAUGUGCGGCGUAUCAUCAACGAGCUCGAGGCGACGUACAGGUCAAACGGCAUCGUCGUCCCGCUGACGUACAACGACCCCGGAGAAGAUCUGAAUUUCAUCAAUGGCACUGGCGCGGUCGAUAUCUACGGCCUCGAUUCAUACCCGCAAGGCUUCGGCUGCAGCAACCCAGCGAGGUGGUCACCCGUUGUGACGAACUAUCACUCGUACCACGAGGAGGCCGACCCCGGUACAGUGUGGUACAUGCCUGAGUUCCCGGGAGGAAGCUUCGAUCUGUGGGGCGGCCCUGGCUACGAAGCAUGCGAAAUGCUCACAGGGCCGGACUUCCGGGACAUGUUCUACAAGCAGAACUGGGCGUCGAACGUCAAGAUGACCUCGUAUUACAUCUUCUACGGUGGUACGAACUGGGGCGGUAUCGCUGCACCCGUGGUCUACAGCUCAUACGACUACGGCGGCAGUCUCCGCGAGAAUCGUGCCCUUUCGCCCAAGUUCGACGAGCUCCAGCGCCAAGGGCUCUUCCUGCGCUCAUCGCCCGAGUUCCGCAAGACCGACUGGAUCGGCGACUCAAGCACCGGUGUAUCAGUAACGAGCGCGAGCAACGCGAGCUUCGUGACGUUGCUCAGGAAUAUUGAUACUGGCGCACAGUUCGUCAUUGUCAGGCAGGCGGACAGUACUUCGACAUCAAACAUUGCUUUCAACCUGACGCUCUCUACCUCUGCAGGCACGCUCACGAUCCCGCGGACGCUCUCGUCGGGCAUCCAGCUGAACGGCCGUCAAAGCAAAGUCAUUCUGGCUGACUACACCUUCGGAAACCUUGUGCACUCGAACAAGCUCCUGUAUUCGACUGCGGCAGUGCUGUUUGCAGGCAGCAUCGGCGGCAUCGACACAGUAUUCCUGUACGGCGACACCAACCAGGGGCAUGAGUUCGCGUUCUCCUCGGGUGGCAGCCCGCCGACCACCGUUGCGUUCGCUCCCGGGUUCAAGACCGGCCUCCAGGUCGUGAGUUCCCCGAAAAGCACAGCAGGCCCGCUGGUGCUGUGGGCAGACACGCAGACCGCGUCCACGUUCUUCGCACCCGCCGUCCCGACCGGCGCCGCGACGUUCACGAACUACUGGCAGUUCGGCACCAACGAGACGGUCUUCGUCGGCGGGCCGAUGCUGGUGCGGAAUGCCACGGUGUCGGGGUCGCGCCUUGCGUUGUGCGGAGAUCUGAACGCGUCGAGUCCGCCGACGCUCAUGGUGCCCGCGUCGGUGUCGGCCGUCAGCUGGAACGGUGCGGACGUCCCCGUGAGAGGCGUGUGCGGCGCGGCUGCGUUGCCUGGCGCUAAGCUGCUCGAGGGCCAACUACGCUUCUCUCUCGGUACUAAGGGGAGCAUCAGCGUUCCAGCCCUGGCGAGAUGGAGGUUCAAGGACAGCUUGCCCGACGUGCAGAGCGGGUUCGACGACGCCAACUGGACGGUCGCCGACCACACGACGACGAAUAUCACGACCAAGCCGCUGUUUGGCGACGGGCGGGUCCUGUAUGGAUGCGAUUACGGCUUCUGCGAGAACAUCGUACUCUGGCGUGGACAUUUUAACGGCACCGGCUGUGAGACGUCGGUGAAUCUGACCAUCAAUGGAGGGACUGCGUUUGGUGCAUCGGUCUUCCUCAACGGCAUCUUCCUUGGCACGACGAAUGCGAGCGCGAGCGUUGAUCAGAUAAACACCUUGAUGAUAUGGGUAACGACGAGUCCCCCAAUGGCAGGUCGUCGUGCAGCUGGACGAGGACUCCACACUGAUCGUCACACAGAACGGUCGCCUCGUGGAAUCCUUGGCUUCCAGCUCAAUAGCGGCAACUUCACGACGUGGAAAGUCCAAGGCAAAUUCGGUGGUUACACAAACUACCCCGACAAAGUGGGCGGCGUCCUGAACGAAGGCGGGCUGUUCGGCGAGCGCGAGGGCUGGCACCUGCCUGGGUUCGACACGUCCUCUUGGGCCCCGCGGGCGCUCUCGUCCGGCCUACCGAACGGCACGGCGGGCGUCGGCUUCUUCAUCACGACCUUGGACCUCGCCGUCCCGCAGGGAGUGGACGCGAUGUUCAGCUUCGUCUUUGAUAACAACACUGCGGUGCCCGCCGGUCAGGCCUACCGUGCGCUGCUGUUCGUGAAUGGGUGGCAGUACGGAAAGAGGGUGACGAAUAUUGGACCGCAAGCGAAGUUCCCUGUGCCGUCCGGGAUUUUGGAUCAUAACGGCAAGAACACUGUUGCGGUUGCCUUGUGGGCCCUCGAGAACGCGGCGGUCUCGCCGACGCUUGAGCUAGUCCUGAAUGAGGCUGCCGAGGGCGGGGUGGGAUCGGUCGUUGUGAAUAAUCCGGCUUGGACGCCUCGUGGGUGAAGUUGGCUUUUGAUAGUCGGGCGAUGAGCUGGAGGUGCAGAUGCUUGAUUGUGU